UUAUCACUUCAUUCGUUCGAAAUGAUAACAAAACUGAAUGAAAACAACUUCAAAAAUGCGAGUGAAAUUGCAUAAAUUUGUUAAUUAUUUCAAUUUUUUUGUAACGAGUAGAUCGUAGAUGAACUAGUGAUCGAACUCUAUGCAUGCUGUAAUCGAUUAAAAGCUCCCAUCGUAUCAUCUCGAAGAAAAAUGAACGACCCAAGCGACGCCGACAAACCAACCACCGUUCAGAAACCUAGUAAAAAGAAGAAAGAAAUUCGACUCAGAAACAUCGACAUCCCUCUGAAUUUCAGACCUCCUAUUCUACCAGACACCGUCCUCCUCCCCGAUGAACUGCAAAUCAAUCGAGUGCUAGAUUAUUCUGAGAAUGAUUUUCCACAACUAGGAUAUAGUAGGAAAUCUAAUACGAAGAACAGAAAACCUAAAAAUCAUAAUCUUCGUUCUGAAAAUGAAGUCGAUGAUAGUUCCAAAAGUCAUUCCGAAGACAAUCUUCGAAACGGUAGGAAACCUUUGAAAAAAAUUCUAAAAUCUGCCAAACACAAAGAAGCUUUUCAAAUACACUUCGAAGAAAUAUUAUCGAACUCGUUGAUAAAACCACCUCCUAAACGCAGAAUAAGACAAGUGAAACACUUCGAAAAAGAUAUUUCACUCGGUGGUAAUCCGUUAGAUUCAGAUAAUCCAACUCGUCUAAAAGGUGUUACAAAUGCUAAACAGAAGAUAAAACGUAUAUCUCGAACCAAAGCCAUGGUUUUCAAAGCUCGAGAUGAAAUACAGAGACUGAAACAAGCUGCUGAACAUAUUUCCAUCGAAGAUAACGAAGUUCUCGUUGAUGAAAACACGAGUAUUUCAAUCGACCAACUCUGGAAACCGUUGUGUUUGCUGAAGGCUAAAGAUAUUAAGAAAUGUAUUCGUAGUCAAAUUCAAUCCGAAGAGAAAAAUGAGAUUGAUGAUCUCGAUAGAGAAGAGUUACCAGAAUUUAGUAAUAACUCGAAUAGAGAAAAAGUUGACGAUUUAUUGAGGAAAACUCAGACUGAUGAUGGGCAAUCUUGCGAUCAAAAUGUUCGAAAUAUUUCUGCUUUUCCUCUCGAAGAGGUUCUAAAAGAUUCUGAGAUCCCUCCUUAUAAAAUAUUAAUACAUAAUAAUAAUUUUAAGAGAUAUUGCGAUAAUUGUAUUACAUCCGAAUUGAACGAUAUUACCGAAAAACUAAUCAGUCAGUUAGUUCGGUACCAGUACAAAAAAUACCAAAUUGAUCCUCUGAAAGCAGCUGCAAAUAAAAGAUACGUCCUUGGUUUACGUCAGGUGAAAAAAUACACCAAGAUGAAUAAAACUAAAUUGAUUAUAUUCGUACCUAAUAUGGAAGAAAGCUUAUACGAAACCGUAGAAGAAUUGAAAUCAUUAGCUGUACCAUAUUGUAUACCAUAUUUAUUCGCAUUAUCGCGCAAAAAAUUGGGUAAAUUAGCGUACAAAAAAAUCGGAGUCGGAUGUUUAGGUAUUUUGGAUUAUUCCGGAGCAGAAGAAAAUUUCAACAAAUGUAUCGAAGCUUUGACCGUAGCCAAGAAAAUAUACGACGAGAAAUGCGCCUCUGCGAAGACUGAUUACGAGCAACAUUUGGGUACUACGAUAAUCACCGACGAUAAUGAUCAUCAAGCAGGACAGGACGUUGAUGAAGAAAUUUGCACAGAUUGUAUUUCGAAACUUUCAUUAUCAGAUGAAAAUAAUGAGCUAGAUGAAGAUAAUCAAAUAGUCCGUUAAUAUGUUGUCAGUUUAUUCGGACAAACUUGGAUUAGGAUAAUUUUUUUUUUCAUUAUCAAGUGUGAUACUUUUUAUACUUGUUGAUUUUUAUCUAAUACUUAAUUGUUUUAUUUUCGCGGUAA